UACUCUCAACGUUGGCCGGCAAGCAUGAAAUUUCUCACAUGCAGUUUGCCUUUUGUUUGUACACUGAUUCAAGCUACAGUGGCAACUGCAGGAGAUGUCUGUUCUUAUGUGGCUAUAGAAACAGUUAAAAGUCAGUUCGGGAUUGGACGCGAGCCUUAUUUACAACAGAUCAAAAUAUGAAAAUGAUAAAGAUUUUCUAGUCUAUCGCGCUCAGAAAAAUUCUGAACAAUUUGCUUACAUGAAAAAAAAUGAAUCAAGAGGGAGUUGUUCUGGUCCCCUGUCGGAUGUUUGUAAGGAGCGUAAGGUAGAGUUUAGGGGCGAUAACCAAACACUGCUGGUGAAGAUCUUCAAUACCACUGUCAAUGAUAGUGGACAAUACGCAGUGUGGGCCAGCUUUAAGCAACUUCAUCCUGACGAGAAAACAGCGAAAUGCCUAAAAGUGAUUCAUGUCAAAGUAGAAGAUAACUCCACAGAAACCAGGACAAGCCCUACUCCUCAAUCGACUCGGGUCACUAGUCCCAGUAGCAGCUCAGCAGGUCUCACCAGCUUAGGGUGGAAGACAGUAACAAUCACAGUGAUUUUGGCUGUCACUGCUGUAAAUAAGUAUUAGUUGAAAGUAGAAACAAGAAAAUUGAUCAAUAUCUGUCGAUGAAAGGAACCUGACCAUCAAUCUCCUUCCUAGCAUCCUCUCUCUACCUCCCUUCAGAAAGGGAGGGAAAGAGACAUGUGAACGAGGCUGCCUGACCAUUUGAACUCUGAGAGAUAUCGCCGUCACGGUUGUUUUCAACCAAAGCUCCCCGAUCGACACAAUAAACGGCAGCGUAAAAUUCA